AGUUUGCCUAUGUGUGUCUGUGAGAGAGUGAGUGUGCUUUCGGUGUUUUUUGUUCGUUUUGUCUAUUGGUUUUCAUUUUCGUUUGCUGCCGACGUCGACGCUUCUAAUGCUCGAUCGCGAUAGACGGAGAGAGGGAAAGAGAGAGAGAAGGAGAGUGCGAGCAAGCGGUGGAGCCAGUGGGGCGGUGUCGGUCGGAGGGGGAGUCGACGCCUGCGCCGACUGCGACGCCGGCAGCGGCAGAGGCAGCAGCAGCGUUUCGUGGCUGCUGCUUUCUUUCGCUCGCUUACUCCUUUCAUUUCACUUUAUUUCGUUCGCAUGCACGCACGUUGGCCGCGGAGCAACAUCUCCAGCAAACAGAAACCGAAACCUAAACAGAAACAGAAACAACAAAUAAAACAUAAGAAACAAAAAAAUAAAAAACUAAUAACAAAAAAUAAAUAACACGGCAGCAGCCGUCGCUGAGACGCGGAACUUGGCUCGAACUUUAGUUUAGUUUUUCUGAGUUUCAGUGGCCAGUGGCUAAAGUGCGGCGAUAUCGGGCGAAACGGUUAACGGCUCACGGCUAACGGUUGACAGCCUGCGGUUCAGCACGCGCCAAAUCCUUUUUUUUUCAAGUUUGUCAAUGUUUUUAGUGGUACUAAAGAAAACACAACAUUAUAUGUAAAGUAUAGGCCAGAAUCUAAAGCCAACAGUGGUAUGUGCCCUUAGUUUUGACCCAAGACCUACAAGUCCCUAGAAGACCCCUGACAGCCAGAACAACCCACACGCAUAAACACACACACACACACACACGAACACGCUCAUUCGCCACCCAUCCACACAGUCUCAUAUCUCAGUCUCAGUUUCAAUCUCAGUUCCAAUCUCAGUUCCAAUCUCAGUUCCAAUCUCAUUUCGAGGAUCAAAAACGGAGCUGCAACAUCAAUCGAUUCAUUAUGUUUACAUAUUUUUUUCGAGUGAUUUAAGUUUUGGCAAUGGACGCAGACUUCUUCUCCUUCUAAUCGAACCGAGUGACUUCGCAUCAUGCUGUAGAAUAAGAAGUUGACUAACAAAUGGUUGUUGUGAUCGAAAGUGUCUUUUGAAAUGUGUUUGAAACUCGGUGUUUGCCCAGCCAAAAUGGCCCAGCAUCGUUCGCUUGUCCGUCUCUACCUGCCCACCUAGAAGAGCUGUCCAGAUGAAUGCCCAGCAGCCGCUGAUCCUGGAGCCUGGAUCCAAGGCCAGCAGUGUUGUUGCGGCAGCUGCCGAGCUAGAGGCAGCAACAACUACGGCAGCGCUGGCCACGGCCUCGGCCACGGAGGCUUCUGCAGCGGACAGCUAUCCCGCCGUACAGCAGAACGGCGGCCACGAGGAGCAGCGGCUCAAUGGCAACCACGGAUGUCGCCGCGAGCAGCCGGAUGAUCGGACGGACCAGCCGGAGCAGCUGGAUCAGCAGGAUGAGCCCGAGCCAGUCAAGGACGUGGCCAACAAGCUGACCAUUAUCAAGACGCCGUUGAACAAGACUCUGCUCAAGAAGUGCAACAGCAACGGCAGCCUGCAGAUGCCGCACGCCAACAAUGGCAGCAGCAUCAACAUCAAUAAUCGCAACAACACCAACAACACAAACAACACCAACAACAACAAUAGCAACAAUAACAACAAUGCGGCCAGCAACGACGUCUGCGAUUCCGGUUUGCAAAGCGGAAAUAGCAAUGAACAAGAACCAUUUGCCAACAACGAUCGCCAUCACCACAUUUACCACCACCACCACCAUCACUACCAUCAUCACCAUGGCGGCGAUAAGAGCGAGGCGAGCGGCGACGUUGCAUCCUCGUCCUCCGCGGACCCCAACUCGCAUGUCAAGGACGAGCCCACAGCGCAGGAUAGCCAGGACAAUCAAGAGGCAGGACCUGCAGAGGCUGGAGGAGCAACUGCGGCUGCAGCCACGUGCAGCCCCAGCAAGUGCAACAAGUGCAACUCGCACAACAACAACAGCAACUGCAACAAUAACAAUACUCAAGGGGCAGCGGGCAGGGACGGACGCAGUCUAGAUGCUUCCCGAACGAGUCACAAUAAUACCAAAAAUCCAAGCAAACACAAGUACAAAAUCCAAAUUCAAUGA